UUCCGGUAAAUGUUUUGAAAAGUUUUUGAAUGAUACAGAAAAAUGUUACACGUCAAAAUGACGGACAAAGUGCCAUUUUGAAGGCUUUUAUGAGAGAAGCCACGCACACUGUGAUGUCAGAAAAAAAAUGAAAUCGCAUGAGACGAUGGACGAUGACUUCAUCGAACGGCAAGAAGAUGAAUUGCAGGUGCUGCAAUCAAUUUAUAUGGAUGGUGUGGAAGAUCUUCGUACAAGGGAUGUCUGGAAAGUGAAACAGGCUCUGAGAGUAAGAUUGAAGCUGACUCCUCAACAGAGUUGUGGAGCCCAUGGAGAGAUCCACACCAGACUGGACAUGGUGGUCAAAUGUCCACCCAGAUAUCCAGAAGAAAUUCCGGACAUUCAUCUUGAGAAUUCUAAAGGACUGUCUAAUAAGGAGCUAGAUGAACUGAAGGGAGAUGUGGACAAAUUAGCCAACAGUCUAAAAGGAGAAGUGAUGUUACUAGAACUAGCUCAGGUUAUCCAACAGUACCUUCAUAAGCACAAUCGACCCCCAGCUAAGUCCUUCUACGAAGAGAUGAUGUUCAACAAACGCGAGCAGGAGGAAAGGUUGGCCCAAGAACAACAGAAGAAAUUAGAACUGUUGAAAAAGAAAGAGGAGAAACAGCGUCAGCUUUUAGAGGAUGAAAUAGAACGCAGAAAAGCAGCCCUAAAGGUGGAAACACGGAAAGUGAAGUCGGGUCAUCAUCAGGAGAAUGAUUCGCCCAUGAGCUCGGAACCAUCUACUCCUUCUGCUGAGGUAAUCAGCUGCUCCCCUAUAGGAACGCCUGGAACUCCCCUUCGCAGACCCCGGGCGUCUGUAUCCCCCUCCCCUCUCAUUGUACUCAACAAUCAAGAAACUAAUGGUGACCAAAGAUCUCGCCGACAAAGACGUACGAGCACUCCCCAUCGUAACUCUGGUGGCGAUGGCUGUGACUCUCACUGUAAAGACCAUGUAGGUGGAGUUGUGGUUCUAGCCUUCAACACAAAGUCUGAUCGCACCAUCAACCGUGGAACAUGUCUUGGCCAUAGUCGCAAUGGUAGUACAGUGUACGCCGGGAUAGAUGUACGAACGGGUGAAUUGGUGGCCGUGGUAGAAUGGGUCCUCAAGUGGCACAACAGUGGCCGCCGUAAACUGACCACGACCACUAAGGACGAGGACAAGGACAUCAACCACUACACCAAACAGGUGAUGAGUAUAGAACAGGAAGUGAACUCGCUGAUCCAUCUACACCACCCAAACCUCAUCCACUACCUGUCAUUUAAAUACCAAAAGGAGGCUGACAGGAUCAUAGUAUACGUGUUGAUGGAGUACUGUACUGGUCUGAGUAUGGACACAUAUACGAGGAAGGGUCAGCCAGUGACCAUCGACCUGGUCAAACACUACGCUGAAGACCUCCUCCACGCCCUCGAGUAUAUACACAGUAAGGAUGUGGUGCAUAAGAACCUCAGGCCGUCCAGUGUGUUUGUUGAUCACUCUGGUAAAGUGCGCCUGUCGGACUACAGUCUGGACAGAAGACUGACUGACCUGUUCCAGCUGGUGGAGGCAAGUCGACCUGGUGUCCAUUUCACUGACCACCGGUCACCAUCUGCUGGAAGAGGGGGAAAGAAAGGCGACGUGUUCCAACUGGGGUUAAUGUUGCUGUCCAUUGCCCGCGGAGAGGAAGUGAUGACCAAUACACCAGACAUACCCACCAUCUUCCCUGUUGACUUCCAGGAUUUCCUGACUAAAUGUCUGUUAAAAGAUGACCGGCAUCGCUGGGCAGUGCAUGAGUUACUGGAACAUCCCUUCAUCAAGUCGAUUAUCCCACUGACCGUCCACUACACACAGGUCAAACCUCUGGACAGCCCUCAGAAGCCAGGUAGUGAAGAGGUUGAGGAAGAUAACCAGGAAGAAGGAGAAGAGGAGGAGGAGGAAGAGGAGAAACCAUUUAUCACCGCUUUUGAAGCGAGUGGCCAAUCUCGGCUGACAAAUGAAUUUGAGAUCCUGAAAUCUCUGGGCAAAGGAGGCUUUGGAGAUGUAUUGAAGGUGAAGAAUAAAUUGGAUGCUCGGAUGUACGCCAUCAAGAGAAUCCCACUGAAUCCUCGUAGUAAAAUGUUUAACAGGAAGAUAACGCGGGAGGUCAAGCUUUUAUCUCGUCUCAAUCAUGAAAAUGUUGUCAGGUACUACAACUCUUGGAUAGAAACCACCGAGGAUCCUGCAGAAAGUGACUCUUCUUGGAGCUCUUCAAAUACGCCGCAGUCUCCUGUUGUCAAGGCGACAGCCCCACAACAAAUGUCAUUCUUUCACAACACCCUAAACAUGACUGACGAUUUAGAGAAGUAUGUACCGAAGGCAGUACCCAUGGAGGAGUCGAUAGAGUGGAGCGUGUCGUACGAUGUAGGAGGAACAAAUGCGCAAGAGUCUGACUCGGAGGAUGAGGAUGAUGUGUUUGGGACAUCAUUCCUACCCAAGUCCGACUCUUCUGAGGACAUUGUGUUUGAACACAGUCUGGAAAACCUGUUUGGAGAGGAGAGUACUACCAGCUAUGAGCCCUCCAUGUCUUCCAAUAAGAAAAGUCUGGAUGCUGACAAGAAAGGGGACACAACUGACAGCGAGGACAUGUCACAGAUACCGCGCCUUCAGUAUCUGUACAUACAGAUGGAGUACUGUGAGAAGAGUACCCUGAGGAACUGUAUAGACGCUGGGCUGUACCACGACCAGGACCGCUUGUGGCGAUUCUUCAGAGAGAUCAUUGAGGGCAUCCAGCACAUCCACCAACAGGGGAUGAUUCACCGCGACCUCAAACCCGUCAACAUCUUCCUCGACUCUAACGACCACGUCAAGAUCGGCGACUUCGGACUGGCCACUACCAACAUUAUACUCAAGCAACAGAGUACCCUGAUGGACGUGUCCAUGUUGACUAACAGUCUAGCGAUGGAUAAUCAGUACAACUCGCAGUCUGGCAGCAUCGGUGACGGUAACCUUACUGGUAAGGUGGGCACCGCCCUGUACGUCAGUCCCGAGAUGAUGACUGGAGAAAGCAAGAUCGUCUAUAGUCAGAAAGUGGACAUGUACAGUAUGGGGAUCAUCUUCUUUGAGAUGUGUUACAAGCCCCUACCUACAGGGAUGGAGAGGGUCAAGAUCCUCAAUAAUCUACGUCUCCCAGAAAUCAAACUCCCAGACGACUAUGAUCAGAUCAACUUUGAAAAUCAGACUUGUAUAAUUAUAUGGCUGUUGAAUCAUGACCCCAGUAAGCGACCUACCUCCACUGAGCUGCUACAAUCUUCGUUCCUCCCCCCUCCACAACUUGAGGAGGCAGAGCUUAAUGAGGUGUUGAGGUCGACCAUCUCAAACACUAACAGCAAGGCGUACCGUCGUAUGAUAGGCGCCCUAUUCUCACAGACCAUUAACUCAGCAGUCGAUGUGCUUUAUGACACAGACUACCAUAAGGUCGCACUGAGUCUGAAGAACCCGUUGAUCCAACAGCUUGUGAGGGAGACCCUGACGCGCCUGUUCCAGAAGCAUGGAGCAGUACAAUUCACCACUCCCUUGCUGAUGCCCAAGUGUGGUGUUUACGGGGCUACUGAUGCAUACACCUGUCUGAUAGACCAUAGUGGUCAGCCGAUCGCUCUACCGUUUGAUCUCAGGGUACCGUUUGCGCGUUACAUAGCGCGGGGAGGAGUACAUCACCUGAAACGUUUCUGUAUCGACCGUGUGUAUAGGGAGAAAAUGCACCAUUGCCAACAUCCAAGGGAGAUAACUGAGUGUGCAUUUGAUAUUGUGACACACAACCAGGGAAAUUUGAUUCCUGACGCUGAGCUACUGGUUUUGGUCCAAGAUGUCAUCAACGAGUUUCCAAUUCUACAGACAAGAAACUACUACGUACGGAUGAAUCAUGUGUCCAUUCUACACGCGAUCCUGUCAUACAACGGUGUACCAGACGACCUCAAGGACGAAACUCUACGUAUUCUCACUGGGGUCAAGAUUGAGAGCCAAAAUAAGUCUCAUAUCAAGGCACUGACCAACCUUGGUCUGAGCGAGUCCAUGACCAGCAGUGUCCUGAGCGCCCUAGAGAUGGAGGGGCCGUACAAGAAGGUGUCCAGUUAUCUCCGUAUCAUCACCAAGACCAAAGGACCGGCGGCAACGCUGGCCAAGCAGGGCAUACAUGAGGUGGAGGCAGUGAUGGGACAUGCAGAAGCCAUGGGUCUCAAAUUCCCGAUUGUGUUCAGUCUAGGAUGUAUCUACAACACACAGCAGUACUCGGGGGUCAUAUUCCAAAUUGUGUACGACUCCAAGAAGAAGAAGCGAACCAUCCCAGACCUCAUAGCAGCAGGGGGCAGGUACAAUGGACUGGUGAAGAAGUUUCAGUCCCCUCUGGCUAUGAGUGCCACACCUACGGGUCACUCAGCUGUCGGGGUCAGCAUCGCCUUUGAGAAGAUUGUCACAGCCGUCGGGGAGAACAAAGAGUUCCACCCACCUGGUCCGUAUGACAUCCUCGUGUGUACGAUUGGCUACAACCCCAUGCUGAAGGAGAGGAUGGGCGUGGUCAAGGAUCUGUGGGCGGCGGGGCUGAGGGCAGAUAUACUACUGGACACACUACAGAGUUUAGAGGACAUCCAGGAGUAUUGUCGGACAGUAGGAAUCAAUUACCUAGUCAUCCUGAAGGACGCAGACACCAGCUGUGUCAGGGUGCGAUCCAUUGAACGAGAAAGAGUGACGGAAAAGAAAGUGAACAUUCCUGAUUUAGCAGACUUCCUCCAACCAAAGAAUCAAACUUAUAAAAUGUCUGACACCAGCUGUGUCAGGGUGCGAUCCAUUGAACGAGAAAGAGUGACGGAAAAGAAAGUGAACAUUCCUGAUUUAGCAGACUUCCUCCAACCAAAGAAUCAAACUUAUAAAAUAGAUCAAAAUGAAGCGCAGCUGAAUCCAAGUGGAAAAAGUUCAUCAGCCAUUUAUCAGCCUCAUUCUGAAUACAGUCAAUCAUCUUCAAACCUAACAUUAAAUUUCUCGUUUAUACUGAUGGAAGGGGGAAGACUUGCUCCGAACCUUCGUAGGAAACUAGAGUCUCAGAUUUUCAGUAAGGUAUCAUCCAGCCUGUCCUGGGUGCAGACCAAGUCUUUCGAAGUGGUGUGUGUCGAGCUGACCGCACCAGUAUUAAAAGUCAUAUCAGCAUUCCUAGAUUUUGACAACUCAGAAAAAGAUUAUGAAGACAGCGUAGCUGUGGUGAUGGAAAAGUUACAAAGACACAGGAAAUACCUCAGCAAAAUAACGGACCAAUUGUAUCAACUCAAGUUUGAGAAAAAGUGUGCGUUUGUGGUUCUGUAUGGAAGUAAAGACGACAGUUUGAGACUGCUCAUGUAAUUUCAUUAAAUUUCAUUAAUUUAUCAUUGAUCAAGUGAUGUGUGUCAUGUGAUGAAUCAUGUGAUCAGUGUCAUGUGAUGAUCAUGUGACUUGACACUGGAUUACCAUUGCUCAAUGUGUGUAAGUGUGUUUGUGCUGUUACCAGAGGAAUGUGCUGAAGAAAAGGAGGACAUGAUUUUCAAAGGAACUCAAUGGUAUAAAAAUGUGAUAUUUUCUUUAAAGAUCUAUUUUAUCCUAUUUGAUAUGAAUGUACGUUUUUCGUAAUGGAUGAUUUUAAGACCUCCAAAGCAUCAUGGGAAAUAGUCUUCCGAAAUGAAAAUUAUAAACUGCCAUUUUGCUUGAAUAGUAGUUGUAGUGAUGAACCUUCCCAAAAUCUCUCAUCCAAACCCAUUUUUUGAUGAAUAAUUUGUUUGAAUAGCGUCAGAACCGCAGCUAUAAAUCCUGAACCGAGAUAUCCACUAUAUCUCUUAGUAAUAGGACUCAUUAGUUUUUGAAAAAAACAAUAGACACAUUUGAUAUGAUGUACCUGGUAACAUUGAAGAACAUUGUAUAAUGAAAUAUUGCAAUAUUUUUGGGAGAUGCUACGUAUAAAAUAGUGUCACAAAAAAAAUGCUGUAUAAAAUUACAACUAAGCUACGUUACAAUAUCAGUCUGCUGUUGCUCUCGGUGGUACACAUACGCUGUCGUCCAUCUUGUAUCUCCGUGUCGGGCUGUCAAGUGUGAAGUAAUUCAUGGUAUUGGCUCCAGAUAACUGCAGCACAAUAAUUAUAGUUUCUCCAGGUUGCCCUACAAUUCAUAAAAAAUGACUUUUACGGUCACUGUAGGUUUUUUGUCCAGACUGAAUGGAAGAUAACCCUACACAAUAUUUGAAAACCAACAGGUUGUCGGCGAUCUAUAGGUUGUUGAGACAAACAUCACUCCCAUAGUGUUUACUGUGUUAGAUCUGGAAAUUUUGAAUUCAGGUAUUUUGAUGGGUUGUCUGAGGGGGUUGAACAAUUUACCAGAUAAAUUAUAUCAUUGAAGUGUAUUUGCUACAGUCAAGAUACAACUGUGUAACUUGCAUUGUAGUUGUUGGUGACCUCUUAGUGACCUUUGGUAACUGAAGGGACCUCUGCUUCAAAUGUGAUGUUUAGACAUCGAUGAAGCACAUGUAUGUCUAAAUAUAAAGUUACUGUAGUCUGCAUACUAGUGGUAAUUUUAGCGUUAAACCAUAAAUGCAUGCUGCUGGAAAAUUGUUACAGAAAUAUGAGUGAACUUAAAUGCUAGGUAUAUAAGUUUACAGUAAUUGUUUUUAGUGCCAUGUUUUUGUUGGAAAAUAUUGUAUUGCUUAUGUUUUUGUCAUUUGUGUCAACUUCUUGAUUGAAAUCUAUAAACCAAGAGUGCCAACUUUGAAAUGAAAAUUAAAAAAUCAGAAACCUUGUGACAAAAUAUUAAAAUGUAAAAAUAUCAAAGAAAUACAUGGAAUAACCCAUGUUUGACAACUAUUAGUUCAGAAUACCAUGGGCCACCGUCACUAUCAGCUGUUCUUUGCUACAAAUAAUUGAAUACGUGCAAAAAGCAAGAUAAAGAAAACCGGUUGAUUUGUUAGUCACGAGUCUCCCUUCAAACCAUAGGGAGACUUAGCUAAGCAUACAGUAAGUAUAUAUGUAUAGUUAAAGUGGUUAUGUGUUUCAAAGUAAUCUCAUAUUUCUCUCUCUCUCCUCGUGUGUCUCUUCCAUCUCCACGACAAGCCUGUUUCUCUUUCUGUUGGUGUGUUACGUUCUGUCUAUCUCAAUGACUGUUUGUCUUGUGUUUUAUUGUGUGAUGACCGAAUGUAAAUGUUUCUAAGAAUGUGUGUGUUCCUGUCUUUCCCCCACCUCUGUUGGAUAAAGUGCAAUAUAUGUGUAUGUAUAUUUAUUAUCACCUGCCAUGGGCAAAUAAAAUAUAAUUUUAAAAAGGUAAAAUAAUAGUUUGUUUAAACUUUUUAAAAUAAUAUUUUUAUUAACUUAUUAUAGAAGAUAAUAUAUUCUUCUCUCCUGUUUGCCUGCGGGUGAUUAAUUGAACAAUGUAGAGAAUUGUACAUACAAAUUACCAUAUUUGCUCUAAUUUGUGCCCAGGGUGCUAACAUAUUUGGGUUAAAUGGAAGAUUUAUUUGGAUUAUAAAAUGUGAAUUAUGAUAGAAAAAGCUGUGCAUUUUUGAAAUGUUGCUUAAGUACCAGUAUAACAGAAAGACAUUAUAAACAUCCCAGUGUGGCUGGAGGUUUGGAUAUCAAAUGUUUUAUCCUCUUCAGGGAAAGUUGAGCCAUAAUCUUAGCCAUAAUCACCAGACAUAAAUCUCUGUUUAAAAAGUGUAAGUACAUGUACUGUAAAUAAUUGACCAGGCAUGGGAAGGUCAGGGAUGGGGAAGGGGUUGGUAGAAUUACGAUUUAUCCUUAAAAAGGGGGAAGGGCACUAUUUAUGGCAAAUACGGUAGGGUAGUACAAUCAAAGCCAGUCUGACUAUUAAAUGAAAAUGUCACACAAAAUUUGAUAUUGACUGUAAAAAAGGUAGUUUUGCUGGGUGUGAAUUUUGCACAUUUACUCGCAGCCACGUUAUUGUAAAUUUACACGACCUCCUGUAUGUAGGCAUUAUUGUCAAUUUAAUGGGGUAAAUAAUACGGACAGUUUAAAAAACAUGUUAGGAGUAUGAAUUAUCUGACUGGAAACUGUUCAUGUUUGUAGUAUGGUCCAUACGUAUGUCUUCCAUAUAUGUUCAUUGUCAACUGACCUAGUCAAUAUUUUAUGGCUUAAUGGUGAUUCGAAUAUGAAAAUGUCACUAUGUAUUGUUGCCUUGAUAUCUGUCCUUGUAAAUAACAUUUCUAUUUGUUAAUGAUACCUGGGAAAGUAUUUCACCAGAACCCUUCUGUUACAUAGGUGAUAUUUUUUAAUCACAUUACAUAGUAAUUACAUUACAAGAUGUCUUGCAUAUUUCCUAGAUAUAAAUGAAGAGUUGGAAACAGACUUUUAAUUAAGAUUUUUAAAAAUUACAUUCAGUUUUUGCUCUGCUAAAUCAGAUGUUCAUUCUUGCAACGAGUUGUUAUGGAGUAUAAAUCUGUUUUUGUCUUUGGUAUAAAAACAAAUCUGAACAGAUAGGAUGUUCAGUGAAAUUUACAUACACCUGCCUAAUGUUAAAGUUAUGUGUUAUCGGACAUGAUUGUAUGUCUUCUUACAGUGAAACCUGACUCAUAUCCAGCAUAUAUUUACAAAAGACUUAUUUAUCCAUGUUUUAACCUGAACUUUUAUGACACAAUGCUUUUCUGACAAAACGAUUCUGUAUCCCUUGAUGUUGGUAUAGACAGGUUUCACUGUAUUGCAAUCAAAAUGUCUGAUAUUCUGAUAGUGGUGGUAGUAACUGUGGACUCCAGAGAGAAUUGUCUCCCUUUACUGCCAGACAUCUUCCUUGUUUUCUCGGUGAAGUGAGAGUACAAACGCUGUACUCGAGAACUAAGAUUGUGUGUUAACGCCUGUUACUUUAGACUGAAGAUAAGUGUGGGGAAAAAAAUCAAAAUCACAACAUUCCGUAAAGGAGACCCUGGAGAAAUUUCUUUUGAAGUUGAGCGGAAAAUCUUACCACUGUGUUAAGGAUUUCUCUGCCUCCAGCAUACAGGAGUGAUUGUGUUAGUAUUGAUGACCGAAUUGCCAGUUAGAGAUUGUUCUGUUUGUUCCUUACACAUGCAAUAAAAUUGGAAUUAUUUUCUCA